AUGUUUUUGUUGUUUAAUUUAUUAAUUAUUCUUUCUACUGACUAAAGUUGAUCUCUUUUCUUUUUGCUUUAUAUUAAAUUUAAUUGUGUUUCUCUCUCUCUCUUUCUCUCAUCUUCCUCUCUCUCUCUCUCUCUAGAGAUGAAUAAACCUAAGGCUUAUUGUAUCUGUCGAUCAUCGGACUCUACUCGUUUUAUGAUUGGUUGUGAUUCAUGUAAUGAAUGGUAUCAUGGAGAUUGUAUUUCUAUUACUGAAGAACUUGCUAAAACAAUAACUAAAUUUUAUUGUCUAAUGUGUCGUGACGCUAAUCCUGCUCUGGUAAUUGAAUAUAAUAAGGACAAGUCAACUUCUAAACAAGGGACUGUUCGGAGAAAGAAGCAACAAUCAUCAAAUCGUUCCAACAAAGUUGCCCGUUUGGAAGAUGGUUUUGGAAGGUCAGAGAAUAGAGUUAAAUUUGCCGAUGAAGAUGAGGAUGAUGAGGAAGAAUUUGAUAAUGAUGAUGAUGAUCGUGAUGAGACCUUCAAAAUUGAGAAUGAGCUUACUGAGAAAAGUAGCCAUAAGAAAUCUAAAAGUCGAUCAAGACCUAAUAGGAAGACAACAAAUACCCGAUCAUCAAUGGUUAACAAAAGUAGUAGAAGUAACAAAACACAUCGAACCAGAGAAAGAGAAAGUUAUGAAAAUGAUGAUAACAGUAUAAGACAAUGUUAUGGUCCAGGUUGUGUUAAUAUUGCCAGGCGAAGUUCAAAGUAUUGUUCAGAUGAAUGUGGUCUCAGAUUAGCUCACAAUCGGAUGGUUGAAAUUUUACCCCAACGAAUAACAGACUGGCGAAGUACAGGAUCUACAGCUGAUGUUUUUAGUAAUAGAGAAUUGGAAAAUAUUAAAAAAGAAACUGAAGCGGCUAAAAAAUUCCUCGAAGAAUUGGAUGUUAAACAGAAAGAAUUGGAUUCAAUGAUCGCCGAAGCUAAAAAGUUACCAGCAAUUUCUGAAGAUGAAGCCGAUGACUCGGAAUCAGGUGAUGCUGAGUUAAUGAUCUACUGUGUAACCUGUGGCCAUGAAAUCGCUUCAAGAACGGCAAUGAGACACAUGGAAAGAUGUUUCAAUAAAUUUGAAAGUCAAAUUUCUUACUUUGGAGCAACAAAGACAAAAGUUGAUGGUGUUUUCUGUAAUGUUUACAGUUCUCAGCAGAAAACUUACUGUAUGAGAUUAAAAGUACUUUGUCCAGAACAUACUAAAGAACAGCGAAUCCCAGAUACCGAAAUUUGCGGCUUCCCGCUGGUCAUAAAUUGUUUCGAACCUACCGGAACCUAUUGUCGAUUACCAAAGAAAAAGUGUAUGCGACAUUAUUGCUGGGAAAAACUUCGUCAAGCUCAAUUAGACAUGGAAAAAGUACAAAAAUGGUUCAAAUUAGAAGAAUUAUUGGAAAAAGAAGCGAAAAUUGGAUUCACAAUGUCCAGUCGAUCGGCGAUUCUUGGUUUACUUCUUCAUAAGACCGACAUUCAAGAUUAAAGUGAAAAUUUAUCGUUAUCAAAUUAAUGGAAAUAAUGUAAAAACAAAAUAUUCCCUUGUAAAGUAACAUUGUAUUUUUUAUUAUUAUUUAUCAUUCGAAAACAUUUAAACAUUAAUUAUGUUCUGUAAAACAAA